AUGCGAGAAGCAAGGCUCAGAUGGUUCAGACACGUACAAAAGAGAAGCCCAGAUGCUCCAAAGGAUGUAGAAGGAGCUUCAACACAAUGGGAUGACAUUCAAAGGAAGCUUGGAAAUCACCCUCCAAAACCCCCUGCUUUUAAGCCUCCACCUUUUACUCCUGAAACUUCCAAUUCCAAGCCUAAAGACAAAGAUUGGAUAGAUGAAAAGACCCAAGAUGAACUUGAUGAACUUGAAGAUGAUCCCCAACUCAACGACGAUCGCUUCCUCCAAGAAUACAGGAAGAAGAAGUUGGCUGAGAUAAGAGAAGCUGCUAAGAUUGCACGAUUUGGAGCAGUGUUACCGAUUUCUGGAUCACAUUUUGUGCGGGAGGUUUCCCAAGCUCCAGAUGAUACUUGGGUGGUUGUGCUUCUUUAUAAGGAUGGAUAUUCAGGAUGUCAGAUACUGUUACAAUGCUUAGAAGAACUAGCAAUGAGAUAUCCUGCAACAAAAUUUGUCAAAAUUAUCUCUACAGAUUGCAUCUCAAACUACCCAGAUCGUAAUCUUCCUACUGUUUUGGUUUACAACAAUGGUGCACUGAAGUCAAACUACGUUGGACUUCACAAUUUUGGUCGGAGAUGCAUACCUGAAGUUAUGUUCUCAUUGUGUCUGUCCCUCGCCCCUUUCUCCUGUCCUUCUUUUUCUUGCAAUAUUUUUGCAUGCCCUGGUGGAGUUUUUACUGUCUGUGCCAACUCCUUUCUUUCAUUUGAUCUUUUAAUGGAUAAUUAAUUCGAUGGCUUUUUUACAGCUG